GGGAAAGACUGUUGUCCUCACUGGAGGAAACACCGGGAUCGGGAAGGCCACUGCACUGGAUCUGGCCCAGAAGGGAGCCCGCGUCAUCCUGGCCUGCCGCAGCCAGGAGUGAGGAGAAGCCGCCAUCCAGGACAUCCAGAGGGAAAGCGGGAACAAGGAGGUUGUCUUCAUGAGCCUGGACUUGGCCAGCCUGAGUUCAGUCCGCGCUUUUGCCGAGGCUUUCUUGCGAUCGGAGCCUCGCCUCGACAUCCUCAUCAACAACGCAGCUCUCAUCAAAGACGGCGCAAGCGAGGACGGCUUCAAUGUGGUCUUCCAGGUGAACCACUUGGCUCACUUUCUCCUGACCCAUCUCCUCUUGGAUCGGCUGAAGCAAUGCGCUCCCAGUCGCGUGGUGGUGGUUUCUUCUGAUUCCCAUCGCUCCGGGAGGAUUGACUUCCAAAGCGUCCACUUGCCAGUCGAGGGGUACUUGGACGCGUUCAAAUCCUACUGCAACAGCAAACUGGCCAACAUCUUUCACAUCCAAGAGUUGGCCAACAGACUGGAAGGGACCGACGUCACCAGUUACGCCGUUCAUCCAGGGGCUGUUCAUACAGAGGCCCUUCGCUACUCUUCUCCGUACCUGAGACCCUUCAUUCGGGGAUUCACCUGGCUGUUAUUCAAAAACCCAGAAAAUGGGGCCCAGACCUCCAUCUACUGUGCCACUCAGGAAGGCAUUGAGAAGCUCAGCGGGUGCUAUUUCGAGGACUGCCGGCAAAAGGACCCCAAACUCAACGCACGGGAUCCGAUGCUGGCCAAGAAGCUGUGGGAGUUCAGUGAGAAGUUAUUGGGACUCGCUUCUUAGCUCCAUCUUCAGCCAAACGUCAAGAAAGGACUCUUGGAAGUGGAGCUUUGCAUCAAUGCUUGUCCUUGUUGUCUGGACUAUAUGGCUUUCUCUCUACGCUCUCUUGGCCAAAGUGACUGCAAAGGGAUCACUUCCUUUCUCCUCCUCUUCUCUACUAAAGGUUUUAGGAGCUCCCAUACUUGUGUCAUCCAAGUGUUUUGGACUUCAGCUCCCAGAAACCCCAGCCAGAUUGUUCAACAGUCAGGAAUUAUGGGAGCUGAAGUCCAAAAGAUCUGGAGGACCAAAGUUUGGGAAUGACCACUGACUCUUCGUUCUCCUCCUCCUCCUUCCUGUCCUUGUCUAAAAUGGAUGCAACCAUAAGGCUCUGCCUCAAAGGAUGAUUGUCUUCUUAUCUUCACACAUAGAAUAGAAACAUAGGAAUGAGAGUUAUGGCAUAGAUUUAUUUUAGCUGGUUGCCUGCUUUCCCAAAUGUCCUAGAUUGAUUUUUAACAUGCAAAACGGAUGCUUUCCUAAAUGCUCAAUGGAUUCUUACUUCCACAAUAAAGUAAGUCUCAUUUUCUUGGUCUUACUCCUGUAUCUUAUUUAUUACCCUAAGAUCAUAUACAUGGCUUUUUUGAAUACAUGCCACUACUCUGCUUAAUAUUGAAUAUCUUUACAUUUUGGUAAUAAAAUUGUGUGUGAUUCUUGGUCUCUUUCUUUCGUUCCAGACAUUUCUGUGGAGUUUAGGAUUAAAGAAAGCCUCUUCUUUGCAGCGAUUAUAUACUUUGAACCAGGAACAGAGACAGAAAUAGAAGGGACAAGAAAGUUGAAGGGAGGCUAGCGCUCUGUUCUUUAGGCGCAUAAGGAAACAUCGUAUGGGAGGCCAGAGCAUGAUUUCCCUCCAGAGUCCAGACUGUGUUGGAAUGGCUUUCCAGGGCCUUAGGCAAAGAAGAGGACUUCCAUCAAUUGCUGCUUGGUCUUGUUUUGAUUGGAAAUGCAAAAGGCUGAAUAUCUUCUGCACAGUAGCAACGCCAAAGCCGUCAAACUGCCUGCCCAUAUUUCUCUUUUGCAGACAUGGGCUUUUUUGGGGUGUAACCUGGGUGCGCUGAGCUUGCUUAGUUAGGUCUCAGAGCUACAGUGUACAGAAAGGCUGGCGCAAGUCAGCAUUUGAAGCCCUUGAGCGCAGCCCCUCAUAAUGCAAUGUCACUGGGAAAGGAAGCAUGUAGUUGGUUGUAUCCAAAAGGAGAGUUUGGGCAGCCUUUGAAUGUGCUUAAACAGCUUUUCAGUAUCCUAGGAUCCUCUGCAUUCCUGCAUGUCAGAAGCAAGUUGGACUGGAUGGCCCCUGGGGGUCCCGUCCAGGUCUAGCAUUCUCUGACCCUAUGACUUCCCGCAUGGCAGAAGAGACUCUUUCUCCUCCUCCUCUUCUUCCUCCCUUCUGCUUCUGGGUGUGAUCCUUCUGUCUUGCAGACCGCCCUUUGGUCCGCUGAAGGAGGAAGAGAAGGCGCAAAGGGAUCUUCUUCGCUUAGGAAGGCUGGCCCCUCCGCAGGGCAAGGAGGGCACAAUGGAGGUGCUUCUGGCGGGUCUGGCAGGGUUUCUAGGGCUCUGCGUCCUGUUCCACCUGUUCAUGAUCCGAGGAAGGACCUGCAGGAACGAGACCAGCCUCCGGGGAAAGACUGUUGUCCUCACUGGAGGAAACACCGGGAUCGGGAAGGCCACUGCACUGGAUCUGGCCCAGAAGGGAGCCCGCGUCAUCCUGGCCUGCCGCAGCCAGGAG